GCCACCACUGUGCACCACAUCGUGCAAAGCAGUGUAUUUGAGGAACAGACGCAUAGACACGGAUACAUCAAAGUUAGUACUACGGAGGACGCGGUUUCCGAGAAUAUCUAGGUGGCAAUGGGCGCCUUCUACGAAACACUCCCACCGUCCCUGAUCACUUGGCUCUUGCAACAAAAGGUCUUCUGGAUCGCGUCGGCGCCGCUCGCCGGCGAUGGACACGUCAAUGUCUCACCAAAGGGCAUCUCCGACAAGGGCGGGCCGUUCUUCGGGGUGAUUAAAGAGACCAAGAAUGGUGAAGUCGUGGACGUUAAGGAGGAAAAUAAAAACGAACGAGGUGAAGGUGAAGAGCAAGAUGGAAAGGCCGCCGAAGAUAUCGUGAUCCGGAAGUUCUGGUACAUGGACCUCACGGGGUCGGGAAUCGAAACGACAAGCCACCUACACGAGCCCGGUAAUGGGAGGAUCACGGUUAUGUUCAACGCUUUUGAGGGGCCGCCGAGGAUUUUGAGGAUCUUUGGAAAGGGAAACGUGCUCGAAUACGGCACCCCGGCGUUCAAUGAGAUCAUCAGAUCUCAAAAAGUCACCAUCAUCCCCGGGACGAGAUCGAUCAUCCUCGUCGAUAUACACCAGGUCGGCACGUCGUGCGGGUUUAGCAUGCCCAUGUAUGAUUUUGUGAAGUUCCGCUCCACGCUGAAUGAUUUCUUCGAGAAGCGGGUCGCGAAUGAGCGCGCGGGAAAGAGGGAGGAUGGUAUUGAAAGGUACUGGGCCUUUAAGAAUGCUUGGAGCAUGGACGGAUUACCUGGUAUGCAGCGCGGCCUGCACACCGCUGUCACGGAUAAUGUGAAGCCGAUCAAGAAGAUGGUCGGAACGUAUGCGCCGGUGAAGGGUCCUCGGCGGGCGCAGAGGGUGUUUUUGUUGAGACAUUUGGUUCUUGUGGCGGUUUUGAGUGCUGUGAGCACGGUUGUCUUGAUGUUCUUCUUGUUGAGAUUGUUUGGCGGUGCGUUGGAUUUGAAGGCCUUCCUAGUGCGGUGAACACUUGAGACGAGUUUUCUCAAAUAUGCUUGAUGGCAGGCUUUGCAUUUGGAUUUGCGUGAAAGGUAGGAUACUAUGAAUCAUAAUGCUUGGAACUCAUGCAGGCUGCGGUCUGUUCCAAGACUUCCCGUCUCUCCAAAA